UGAAUAAAUGCAACAUUACAACCGAGCUUGCAUAAUAUCUUUUACAAAAUGCAGUGUUUUAUCUUAACCUAAACAGUAAACAGGUUGCAUCUCCAUUUUUCAUUAGAAAGAAGCAAAUGAUUCUCUUUAAAACACAUUUUUAAACACAGUAUACUCACAUCUCUUCACACCUAUGGAAACCUAAAUGAUCAGUCUACCCCAAUGCAUCCCUCAGAAAUCAAUCUCACCAAAUGUUUAAGAUUUUCACAACAAAUUCUCUUUAUGGGUUUAACUCUCUUUGUCUUAAAUGUCCCAACAAUAACUAACGUGCUGAGUGAGGCAUGUUGAAGAACAGUGUUAAACAUAUCCAAACAUUCUUUCUGCUGCUUGGUAUUAUUGUUGUUUGUACCAGUUUGAUAUCAUUAUGUUGGCUUAUUUUAUAGUUUCCCAUUUUUAUCAUUCGUCAUUAUCUUUGUCUCAAUGCUCGUAGAUUUAAAUUCACAUCUUUACCUUCUUUAUCGUGUCCAAACCAAUAAAAAGCUAAAUACAAGAACAGUAGCAGUGCUCGUAGACACUGUAUCACUUUUUCCAAAUACACAGCCUUCCUCACUUUGGGCUUGUCUCCAUGGUAACAAAGACACAACAGAGGGACUUGGCGUUGACUGAGAUGUUACCGAAUAGAUCCCUGACCCACAAAAAGAAAAAGUAGGCAGCGAAGCACAGCGAGUCACACUGAGCCUUGGAAAUGGAGUCUGAUGACUAAUGCUCCCAGGAUGCACUACAAGGGGCCGUGACAGAUGACUGAGACGCCAGAUUACAUACCAUGCCUCCAUCGAGAGCCCGGCUUCAAUGACUCACACUGUAGCUCUGCUAUUUAGGAGCUCGACGCAGGAGAUCGGCGAGGAGGCCGAGGAGGACGCCAUCUUCACGAUCACGCUGAGGAAGGUGCAGCUUCACCAGUCGGCCAGUAAGGGGCAGCGAUGGCUGGGUGUGGAGACGGACUCGGCCCUGAGCCUCUACGAGACCUGCAAGGUUCGGACCAUCAAGGCCGGCACGCUGGAGAGGCUGGUGGAGUACAUGGUGUCGGCGUUCAGGGGAAAAGACUCCACCUACGUCACCAUCUUCCUCUGCACCUACCGCUCCUUCGCCACCACCAGGCAGGUGCUGGAUCUCCUGCUCAACAGGUAUGCCAAGCUCCUAAACAUCCCCGCAGCCACAGCACACAGAGUCUCCCAGGACGACUGCACGGAGCUGAGAAACACUGUUUCAUCAAUCCUGGGCGCGUGGCUGGACCAGUACUCUGAGGACUUCUGGAGCCCUCCGAACUACGACUGUCUGCUCCAGCUCAUGUCCUACCUUCACCUGCACUUCCCCGGCUCGGACUUGGAGCGCCGCGCCCGCAACCUGCUGGCCCACUUCCACCGCCGACACCAGUGUGAGCCUGAUCCUGACGGUAUGAAGGCAGGACAAGAGAGGGACAACAGCAGGGCAGGGAGUCCAGAAAGAAGAAGGGGGGAACACAUCGGCUGCCCUUUUGCUACUCAGGAAGAGAGCGGCUUCGAGGACGAGCUUCCCGCGUUCAGUUUCCUGUCGUUCGACCCCAUCAUGGUGGCAGAGCAGUUCACGCUGAUGGACGCGGAUCUGUUUAAGAAGGUCGUGCCCUACCACUGCCUGGGGGGGAUCUGGUCUCAGCGGGACAAGAAGGGGAAGGAGCACCUGGCUCCCACCAUCAGAGCCACUGUGGCCCAGUUCAACUCCGUCACCAACUGUGUGAUCACCACCUGCCUGAGCAACCCCACGCUAAAGCCCAACCAGAGAGCCCGGCUGCUGGAGAGGUGGAUAGACGUGGCUCGGGAGUGUCGGAUAUUGAAGAACUUCUCCUCGUUGCGAGCCAUCCUCUCUGCCCUGCAGUGCAACGCCAUCCACCGCCUGAAGAGGACCUGGGAGGAAGUGUCACGGGAGAGUUUCCGCACCUUUCGCGAGCUGUCCGAGAUCUUCUCGGAUGACAACAACUACUCCCUCAGCCGAGAGCUGCUGGUGAAGGAGGGCACCUCCAAGUUCGCCACUUUGGAAAUCAACCCCAAACGAGCUCAGAGGAGACACCAGCAGCAGAGAGACCUGGGAGUGAUGCAGGGCACGAUUCCUUACCUGGGCACCUUCCUGACGGACCUGGUGAUGAUGGACACUGCCAUGAAGGAUUACACUGAGGGUGGUCUGAUCAACUUUGAGAAGAGAAGAAAGGAGUUUGAGGUGAUCGCUCAGAUCAAGCUGCUCCAGUUGGCCUCCAACAACUACAGCUUCACUCAGGACAGCCACUUCAGGGAGUGGUUCGCAGGCGUGGAGAAACUCAGCGAGGCAGAGAGCUACAAUCUGUCCUGUGAGAUCGAGCCUCUGUCAGAGUCGGCCAGCAACACGCUCAGAGCCAAGAAGAACGGAGGAAUCAUGAAGCGCUGGAGCGACCGGCAGUUGACGGAGGCCGGCUGCAGCGGCGCCCCAGGCUCUCAUUCCAAGUCCUUCGACCACUCGCACUACAGACCGUACCAGGGGGGCGGAGGGGGCGGGGGCGGGGGCGGCGGGGGGGACAGCGGGGACGCACUCAGCGUCACCUCCGUCAGCUCAAGUGGUUCAGACCUGGAGGACGUGAACGCCAGCUUCCUGUCUGAUUCUCCGGAGGGACACGAGAGAAAGACUUCGACUCCUUCAGUGAAACUUACCGUCUCUGCUUUGGGGAGAGAAGCUCCGGCAGCAGAAACAUCAUCAACGGUGACGAGUCAGGACAAGACUCCAGCCGUCAUCAGGAAGGAAUUAUUCUGGGAGUGCACGUCUCUGUCGUCCCUCGACACCUCCGGUUCGGCCUCGGGCUCCAGCAGCGCCUCCUCCUCCUCCGUCUCGUCCUCCACCCCGCUGUCCGCCUCCCGCUCGCACAAACGCUCGGUGUCGGCGGUGUCAAACUACUCAACCCUGUCGCUGCCGCUGUACAACCAGCAGGUGGACGACUGCUGCAUCAUCAGGGUCAGCCUGGACGUGGAGAACGGCAACAUGUACAAGAGCAUCCUGGUGACGAGUCAGGACAAGACUCCAGCCGUCAUCAGGAAGGCCAUGAUCAAACACAACCUGGAGCGGGAGAAGACCGAGGAGUACGAGCUGAUGCAGAAAAUAUCUGAAGACAAAGAGCUUCGGAUCCCAGACAACGCCAACGUUUUCUACGCCAUGAACUCCACUGCCAACUACGACUUUGUGCUAAAGAAGCGUGGCUUGGCCCGACCGAUGCGGGCCAAGAACGUGGCCAGCUCGACGCUGCCUCGCAUGAAACAGAAGGGACUGAAAAUCGCUAAAGGGAUUUUCUGAGGAGAAACGCGCCACUUCCUGCCUCCCCUUCACCGCCCCUUAACCCUCUCUGGUCUCCACUCCUCAGAAGAAACAUUUGUGUUCGGGUCUGUUGAAGUCAAACUAACCCGAAGUAUCUGAGUUUUGGUUUGGACAAAGAUGGCAGAGGAGAUGUGAUAAAUGACCAACCUUUCUGUGGAUUAGCAGAAAGCAGAGGAGCACCUUAGCACUUAGGAACAGCUGUCGCGUCAUCAGGCCCCUCCGAGGACUUUAAAGGGCCGAGUGCGUCCAGAUAGGAGCUGUUUCCCUGAAGGCUGCAAGUUCAGAAGGAAAAGCAAACGGCUGUGUCGGGCGCCGCUGCUCGCUGCUCAGAGGCUGAACUAGUGAACACUCUGGUUGUGUCGGCUUGUGGAGAAGCAGAUCCAUUUAAUUUCCUGGUCCUUAACUUUUAGUUUACAACUGUUUACAUCUUAACCUCCCUCGGUCAGCAAGAUCUUUGUUCAAGCCUCUUGCUUGUUUUUUUGUUUUUUUGCACCUUCGAUAAAACAAUUUUUUAAAACCCCCGAGUCCCCCGGCAGCCUUGAUCCCUGUACUUCAGACUUGAGUGUACACACACGAACAAUACGAAGCUGAAGCAGACGUGCGUGCAUACAGCUGGGUGUUUCGAAUGUGUUUCAAUUUUUUCAGGGAACUUUUCUUGCGAGUGUACCGCCGCCUUUACCGCCCGGCCCCCGGGGUUCCUGAUGUCGACAGUGUCUCUGGGACUGCAGCGCUGGACUCUCCGCUCGGUGGACGCUGGGACUCAUUUCAGCAUUUUAACACCGGCGGCGCUGGCGUGGGGGGAGCUGAACUCUUUUAACGUCUUAAAUGCUGCCAUGUUACAUAGAAAACACAAAGGGUCAAGUAGUGAGAAAUAGAAUAAUGGGUGUCAACAUCUAGUGGACACAGCCAUGAAUUACAUGCCACUGUUUUUUUUUUUAUUAAUGAAUGGUAACCACUACACCGUGAAGGAUGUGGCAGUGCUUUGAUCCAACAUGAAUGGGACCCAAAAGGUUCCUGAGGGAAGAACAAGUGAGCUGAGAACAAACUGAGUGUAUAUAUCAAUUAACACCAACUGUGCAGUAUAUUCUUUUGAAACGGACCAUGAGAUUUGUUAAUAGACUUCGUCACGAUAUCCAUCUAUUGUUUUCAUUUUGCUUUGUACAUUUUGUCUGCAUCUCUCUGGUGCUGCUAAUCAUCACCUCACUGCUUUCUCUGCUUCCUGACCGCCAGCCGCCAUGUUGGAAGACGACAGAAACAUCUCACCUGCUCAGUGACACGUUCUUAAUGUCGUGUUCGUUGUUUGCUGAAAAUGUUGUUUAAUAAACAGUCUAAGUAAUGGAAGCCCAUACAAAUCCUCAUCAAGUCAAAAAUGUUUACCAAGUACUCAUAAUUUUUAAUUACCAUAACACUAAUGUGACACUAAUGAAUAUUUUGGUAUCGAUGAAUCGGAUCAUUUUGAUGGAUCGAUAAAUUGUUUGAUGAUAAUAAUAAUUUGUAAAUAAAACAGUGAAAAGUGUCAGUUAUAUUUUUCUUACAAGUUAACAUCUUUAUCCGCUUGUUUUUGUCAGUCAGUCCAACAUUAUUAGUUUACUGUCACAUAAAACAGAGAUGUUCACAUUUGAAGCAGUAACGAGGGAUCUUUGGUGUUUUCUGUUUAUUCGCUUAAACAAUUAAUAAUAAAAAUAUCAUUAAUAUAUAAUCAAAAUAGUUACUUUUUCCUGGCAAAAAUGGGCUUCCAAACACCAGGAUGUAACCUCUUUAUUAUCAAAAUUAUUUAAUAUAUAUACAUAUAUAAAUUACAAUGAAUUUGACCAUAAUAAUUGCAAGAAAAGUGAAAAUAUUUAGUAGUAAGUAUGUGAUAGUAAUACUAUGUAUUCAAAUGUAUAAUUUCAUAAAAGUAUAAUAUGCUGUGUUCCCAAAAUACUGCAAUAGAGAAACUCUGGGACACAAAAGGCAACUUAUAAAAUGAUACAUAAAAUAAGCAAACAAAACCAGAUUAGAUUCUCUGGUUCCAGUGAGGACUUUAUCAUCUCACAAAGUUACACUAUUCAACAUUUUCUCUAACAGCAAACUGAUAUUUUGGUUUAACCCUACUAUUACACGGGGAGAAGGGAUCGACUGCGUUAGUGGUUUGGUUCUUCCAACAUGGCGGAUCAUCCGUCACAUCCAUCAGUAACAAUUUUCCAAAUGUGCCAUGACGGGCCUGUGUGUUGCAGACGCAUCCGACGGGUCCUGCUGAUUUAUCCUGCAGGACGCUUUCUUACGGUGUCGGCUGUGGUUUACGUACCGGUGAUGACAGCAGAGUCUUUUCUCUCUCUCUCUCUCUCUCUCUCUCUCUCUCUCUCUCUCUCUGUCUCUCUCUCUCUCUCUCUCUCUCUCUCUCUCUCUCUCUCUGUCUCACGUACAGAAAGUGUGGAAAAGAUUUGGAUGAUUUCCAGAGCUGGUAAACUUGUCAAAAUACAGAAAAGCUUCUUAAGUCAGUCGGUAAAGCGCAGUGCGUAGGAGGCGCCCAUAUAAGCCACGGGAUUGCUGCCAAAACUGCACAUGAGGGAGCGCUCUUCUUUCUGUGCUGUCCGUGAUGUGUUUCUUUAAAGGUAAAAUCCAACCUAUAACAUCCUAACACUGUUUUAUUUUUGGUGAUGUACUUUCCAUUUGUAGGGUCCGACACAUACAAAGUUACAUUCCAACAACAGUUCACUUUUAAAGGGGCUUCUUUUAUGGGUUCUGCAGUUUCUCUCUGUUUGCACACAACACUCACUGUUAGUCUUUAUUAAACGAGGAUCAUGCAUAAAAAAAACAUUAAUCUCAAAAAGAGAAGACAUGAUUUAUGCCAGAAUUAGCUUUAGACUAAUUUACAUCUGCAAUACCUUAUGUUGCACUAACCGUUAGCUAAGCCCCGGCCCCCCCUCAGUAAACAUGCAGUUCACAAUGACAACAAUAGCAGUUAUUUCUGAAACAAUGGGUCCUUGAUUUCAGUCAAAAGCAGAUUCUCAUUUCGAGCUGGCGGCCAUAGAUUUUGCCGGCUGAAAUAACAUCUGUCACUUAACAGAUUUGGUCAGCUGUAGCUUGCUACCUUAAGUUGACUUUAAAGGUUGUAUGUGUGUUCCCAACUGACUCGUUUUGAAACAAGAAUGGUGUAAAAGGGCUCUUAAAUCUGCACUUAUGCUUCACACAUGAUGCUUCAGGCUGGAGGCAUGGAAAUAAAUAAACAGCUUGUCUUGAUUGAUUGGUAUUUAAUGUAAUGUAAUGCUUAUCCCUGAUUGGCUGCUUUGCUUACACAAGUUUCACAUCUUUUCACUUUAAAGAUGAAGACUAACCAAUAUGUCUGACAAACGUAACUUUCUCUUUGGUAACUUCGGCUUUUGUUGCAGGAGUGUAAACUUUCCUAAAAGAGCAGGGAUCCACACACCGUGGUGGAAAUACUGUAAAAAGGACCUUCUUUGAACCUGUAAUCUGUAAUCCCACAAACUAAUGUCAUUUGUUAAUUAUGUGCUCUUUGGCCCUGAAAGCACACACUCAGUUACUACUGAAGGUUGUAAGUGUUAAAUCAUGCUAGCUGAUGUUAGAGCACAUGAACAAGUUGCACAGCAUCCUGGGAAAUGUAGGAAAUCUCUGAAUAAGGGAAAGUGGGUUCACCAAAAGCACUUGUUAACUGAAUAUCUAAGGUUGGAUUUUUCCUCAGGUAUCACUGCAACAACAUACUACAUUUGCCUGGAUUGCACUGCGACCAUGUAUUGCCUUUUUUUUGUUAUUCCCACCUGCAUGAAGUUCAUGUUUCUCUAAACAAUCAAAUGAAUGAAGGCCUCCCCCCCCCCCCAAAAAAAAGAAGAACCUGGGAAAGCAAUAUGGUGACGAGCAGCAGGAGGCACGUCGUCCGGCUGUCGUAGAUGUUGUUCGUGCCACUGUGGCGUGAAAUUCUUCACUGUUGAACACUGUGACCUUUGACCCUUUCACUCUGCCCUCUGCCUGUUGAUCGGCGCGUCAUGUGUAGCACUGUGAACAAAACAAAAAAAACUCAAAAAAAAAGGUUCCCUCUUAAUGGUGUCGUAGUGAACAUCCGCCCUUCGCUCAUCCUGUUGGCGAGCAGGCUUGACCCUCUAUGUGCCAAAAAUAACAAGGAAAGAGAGAAAGGUUGCUCUUAACAGACGAGUCCUCUGCCUUUCACAGUGAGAAAAAAUAACAAGUUUGUAUGUUUACUGUUACUGUGUUUCUGGAAAACAAAAAAGGGUGCGAACACUGAUGUCUGGACGCGUUUCCCGUGUGGAGAAUUAGACCAAGUCCAAGAAACUUGAAGCGAAGAUGUUUGGCUGCAGAUGAAGCUGUUGUAGAAACCCCACUUUCAUGAAUUUAUCCUCCUAACUUUCAUGUUUUAAUGUCUUUUCAGAACCAAACAGCUGCCAAAUUUGCAAAUAUUCUAAACUGUAGCGUCACCAGCCGUUUUUAACCGUAAACCAGGUUUUUAUUCCAACUAAACUACAUCUGAGGUGCAUUCACUGAAAACAAAUUCGCAUUUGUGUAAGGAAACAAAUAAUCCCACUCACUUCAUUGAUUUAUGUGGUCGACAGUGUUUUUGAUCCUGCUCACCUCAUCUAGAAGACUUUAUGGUGUGUAGGAACUUGAAUUUUACUUGUUUUACACCAGACUUUGAGAUGUUUUUUGCUUCCUUUCUGGCUAACUAUCAGGAAUGAGUACACCUCCAGUGUAGUGAGUUACAAACACUCAUCACGCAGUGUGAAGCCAUGCAGGACCUGCAAGGCACCAUAAUGUCUAGAAGAUGGAAAUAGUGUUUCAGUAUCUCCUACUUAAUGUCACAAAUUGAUUAUAGACGAAGGACCAGAAGCACUGCAGCAAAUCUACUCGCACACUUUUGUUCACUCUGAAACAGUCGGCUUUAAAAGGAUUCCUGAAAAGGAUAGAUUUUGUAAAAGUUAAAUCCGGAUUAUUCUGUAUUUGCCUUGUUGGCAAUAACUCCCAGGAAAGGACCAAACCCAACAACGUGUUAUCAAUCAAACAAACUAGAUUGGUAUAACACCUUCCAUACAGGUUAGUGCAGUUCAAGACAGAAAACAAUAGAAAAGACAAAAACUAUUUCAGACUAAUGAACGCAAGACAAUAAAAAUAAUGAAAAAGCUCUACUGUUUUAAACCGUAGAAAAUAAUAAAAUAGAAAUGACAUUUUACAACUUAAAUACAAUAAAAUAAUGUAAAAAAAUAAAUGUCUACAAACUAGUGUUAGUCCUGGCUGAAUAGUAAGGUUUUAAGUUUUGCAUUUAAAGUUUCCAACACUUCCAGCGUUUGUCUCUCAAUGCUUUCUGACUUCACUGGUUCCUACUGAAGAUGUACAUCUUUAAAAUGUGUAGUUAGAUUCUUCUUUAAAGGCUCAGCAAUUUCCUAAAACAGCUGUUCACUUUUCCAACAUGCCUUGAAAGCAGCAUCUGUGUUUGGUUGGAACAAACUCUUUUACAUCAUCAGGUCUUUAAUGAAAAAGGUUUCCAGUGAUUCCUUGUUUCCCCAGUGGAACACAGUCGCAUGUUUCUGCAGCAGCUCCAUCUCGACUCUUACGUGUGUUCUCUGAGAACAUAAACAUUGUGCACAUGAGUGGAACUUUAAAUGAAUUGACCCCACGAGUGUUUCUGUGCUGAUGAGGUUGAUGUUGGACUGGUGUGUGUGUCGUCGUAGCCCGUGGUAACAAUGAAGUACCUUUUUUGUGAUUUGACCUGAUUCUGUGCGAGUUUGAACAAAAAGGCUGCGUUUACAAGAAAACAAACUGGAAACCAGCUGGUGUGGUGUGUGUGUUUUUAUUGUUAUUAUUUCUUUUUUUGUUUUGUUUCCCUGAACUGUGCUCGGGUGCCAUUUUCCAUUUUAACAAAAAGAAUUUCAGAACUUUUUCUAACUGCGGACUCUUCUUUCUUUCACUUUUCCUACUUUCCCAAGAACACAAAAACCUGUGUAGAAAACAAACCUGUCCUUGAUUUUGUCUUUGUUUAUUUAUUGAUUUGUAUAUAAAGAUUUUGUUUUGCAUUGUACAUUCUCUCCUUUCUUGGUUAUAGAUUAAUAUAUUCAUGUAUAUACAAAUAAACAUUAAGUUUAUAAAAGUAAA